AUGUUCAAGAUGGGUUUUCCUGAACACGUUUACACCACCCCAGUCUUCUUUUCUUCUGACUGGCUCAAUGAGUAUUGGGAUACCUUGGAGGUGGACGACUACCGCUUCGUCUACAUGGGACCCAAAGACUCAUGGACGCCAUUCUACACUGAUGCGUUUCGCUCCUACAGCUGGUCAGUGAAUAUCUGUGGCAGGAAAAAAUGGCUUCUAUAUUCCCCGGGCCAAGAAGAGUUUCUACGAGACAGCCAUGGCAACCUUGCUUAUGACGUCACUGCCCCCGAGCUUCAAGACAAGGGGCAGUUCCCACACUCUGAUGAGGCCUGCCAACCACUAGAGAUCAUUCAGGAAGCCGAGAUCAUUCUUGUGCUCAGUGGUUGGCACCAUCAGGUUUAUAAUUUGGAAGACACCAUCUCUAUCAACCAUAACUGGUUGAAUGGCUGCAAUGUGUACAUUAUGUGGCAGUUUCUUCAGAACGAGCUGUCUGCUGUCCAGAGGGAGAUAGUGGAGUAACACUUGGAGAUACUGUAUGUCAAAAGCAGAUUUAUUUUUAAAAAGCUGUGUGGUCUGUAGUAACUGUUUUUGUUUUCCAGGUCAUCAUGAAGUCUUUCUCUGGGAUUGACUACAGGGAGUUUGCCUCUUUCCUAAAGAUCGUCGCUGACAACCGCAUGUCUUUCUUGAGCUCUUGCUCUGGAAACGCCUCCUCAAAUUACCCCCUGCAUCUUUCAGAUACCCUGACCGCGCUGCCUGUGACCUGCAGAGGGUGGCUCACAUUCUAGAAUGCAUGCUCUGCAAAGACUAAGAAACUGGACCAUUCAACUCUGAGCUCACACAGCACCCACCCGUAGCUCGCGCUCCAGCAGGUAUAUCUCACUGGUCACCCCCAAAGCCAAUUCUUCCUUUGGCC